AUGAAAGGUCCAGCCCCCGAUAUUCUUUUCUAUUAUCGCGAUAGCGGUCUAGCGUGGAGUCAUCGAGAGCACGACCGUGGCCCUUUCGUGGCUAAUGUAAUGCGUAACGGUGAACUUGAAAAUUUAGCGUUGCCGGAGGUGUCCAGUUUGGCAGAGAUAGCAUUGCUGUUGCUGGUAGGAGCAAGCUUACGGUCACAGGCGUACGCGGCCACGAAAUGUCAGGGCACCGGCCUCGGCCUCAAGUACGUUUGGGGAGACGCGCUGACCGACUCCACCGACUGCCUUGGUCCCAACAACAUGCAAUAUCCAACGGGAGCGAUAGCACGCAAUUUCAAGAGCACGUGGCCGGGAAGCAGCCGAACGGCCAGACACUACCAGCCGCGCACGAUUGAUCCGGAACUGACGAGGCAAGCGCUUCUUAACAAUUACAGAGCGGCUCACGGAGAUUACAGUAUCGCGGACAGCUCCAGAUCUGCCCGCUCGUACUCGACGAAGGACACCUGCGGCUCGCCGUCGCGACUGUGCAAGACGAGGUACAACACCACGGCGCCGAUGUACGGGGUCAGUCUGACGAGCGGCCAACCGGUCACAAUUGUUCAGAAAUUUCCGGAUCUACUGCAGCAGGUCGUCUUCGAGGUUUGCGAAUCGAAGGAAUGCGACAUCGUGCACGGCGAGUGCACACAGACUUACGUGCCCUACUUGUUCCUAGUGAUUCCAUUGGGUCCUGUAACGCUGACCGGCCAGGACUACGUACUCGUCGAGAGUGGCUGCGUUUGCAAGCCUAAAAACACUUUGGGCUCCAGCUCCUCGUCCGACCUACCGGCCGUCCCACCGUUCUAA